CAUCCCUAUCCACACAUUAAUACAUGCGAAUCAAUCACCUCCGAUACGCUCACCACAAUUUCAAUCUCUCUCUCUCUCUCUGAGUCAAUGGCAGAUAGUCAGUCGAAUCCUUAUGUGAAUUCUCAUUACUGUGCGUGGACGCGAUAGAAAUCUUCGAAGUUUGGCUUUUGACUUUAUCUCUCUCUGUUCUACUUCGUGGAUCAAAUGGCGCGAUGUUGUUUGAUUGUGUUCUUCGCUGCACUCUCCUCUCUGUUCGGAGUUCUCAACGCAAGUCCUGGUGAUGCUGAUCCGAUUUACAAAGCUUGUGUUGAGCAAUGUGAGAAGACUGGAUGUGUGGGGAGCAAAUGCUUCCAACACUGCAAUUUUUCUUCUGAUAAAAACCCCACUGAUGGUCCAUGGUUUCUACAAGAACCGCUCUAUUUACGCUGGAAACAAUGGGACUGCCACAGUGACUGUCGAUACCACUGUAUGCUUGUAAGGGAGGAAGAAAGAGAGAAACUUGGUGACAGGCCUGUCAAGUAUCAUGGGAAAUGGCCAUUCAGGCGCGUUUAUGGGAUUCAGGAACCUGUUUCUGUUGCUCUCUCGGCCCUUAAUCUUGCUAUGCAAUUUCAUGGUUGGGUAUCCUUCUUCAUCCUUGUAAACUACAACUUGCCUUUAAGGCCAAACAGGAAGACUUACUAUGAAUACACCGGCUUGUGGCAUAUCUAUGCAAUCAUAUCAAUGAAUGCCUGGUUCUGGAGUGCUGUUUUCCACAGUCGAGAUGUUGAUUUGACCGAGAAGCUGGACUAUUCAUCUGGUGUAGCAUUACUUGGAUAUUCACUUCUCCUGGCUAUACUGCGAGCUUUCAGUGUGAAAGAUGAGGCUGCCAGGGUAAUGGUUGCAGCUCCGCUGGUUGCAUUUGUCACAACCCAUAUCUUGUAUUUGAACUUUUAUCAACUUGACUAUGGUUUGAACAUGAAAGUUUGUGUGGCCAUGGGCAUAGCUCAGUUUCUCUUGUGGGCUGUCUGGGCUGGAAUUACUCAGCAUCCAUCACGGUGGAAGCUGUGGGUGGUGGUAAUUGGGGGAGGUAUUGCCAUGUUAUUGGAGAUGUAUGACUUCCCGCCCUUCCGAGGAUAUGUGGAUGCUCAUGCUCUUUGGCAUGGCACGACCAUCCCUCUUACCUACCUUUGGUGGAGUUUUAUCAAGGAUGACAGCGAGUUCAGAACAUCAGCCCUCAUCAAAAAGGCUAAGUGACACAUCCUGAUCUGGGUCAUGCCCCAGUUGGACAAUGGACUUUGUUGGCUGAUCACAUAUUCACUUUUUUUUAACUAUAGCAUGUUCCUUUUUUUUUUCUCGCAUGUUUUGCAUUUCUCUAAAAUGCUUAUUAAAGCGAGUUUCAGUUGGUCAGGGCCGGAUGCAUUUUUGUUUCUACAGGAUCAGGGCGUGGGUUCUGUAAUGAAAUUCAACAUUCUCUGGUUCUUUUUGCUUUAUCUUAAAUGUAUGUUGUUCAUUUAGUCUUGCGAAGAGCGUUUGUUUUUAUUGUAGCAUAGCUAGAAGCCAUCUUCCAUGCCCGUAUCAGCUUAAACUCUUUGGGGUCUGCAUAUUGUUUUUAGUUCUUAAUUCAAAGUUGUGUUGUGGAUAUUUAUUUUCAGUGGACAGGACAUGUUCUAUAUAUCUUCUAAAUGAAUGGGUUCUGCCUCCUAAU